AUGAAUGAUAUCAAAUAUCAACUGUCUCGUUUUCUUGCUAGAGGGCUGCACUUUAGCUGGCAGAAUGGAGAGGAAUUGGCAAAUUGGACCGGCACCAUUAAUUUCACCGAUGACGGAGCAGUGAAGAGUGGCAGUGGCACAGGCACCAGGUAUUUUGAGUUUUAUGAAGGACCAUUGGAAUACAACUCCACAAAAUGCCUGGAAUUACGGCAGGGUAUCAUUGCAGUGAAGGUUUUGUCUAUGGUGAAGCAAACUGAACUGUUUGACAGGUGGAAGAGCCUACAGAUGUGCAAAUGGGAGAUGAAUGUCACAGAGGCUAACUUAUUCAAGUCUACUUUGUCAAGAUGUUGCAAUGCCCCUGCCUUUCUGUUCACUACUCAGAAAAAUACUCCCUUGGGGACUAAACUGAAGUAUGAAGUGGAUACUAGUGGAAUCUUCCAUAUCAACCAAGAAAUCUUCAAAAUGUUUCCAAAGGAUAUGCCGUACCACCGCUCCCAGUUCAAGAAGUGUGCGGUGGUUGGGAAUGGAGGAAUUCUGAAGAACAGCAGAUGUGGCCGGGAGAUUGACAGCGCAGACUUCGUGUUUCGGUGCAAUUUGCCUCCUAUAUCUGAGAAAUACAUCACAGACGUGGGGGUGAAGACAGAUGUCGUGACUGUCAAUCCCAGUAUAAUUACUGAAAGAUUCCACAAGCUGGAGAAGUGGAGGAAACCUUUCUAUGACGUGCUCCAGGUCUAUGAAAACGCUUCUGUGUUGCUGCCGGCUUUCUACAACACCCGCAACACGGAUGUCUCGAUCCGGGUCAAGUACGUCCUGGAUGAUUUUGAAUCCCAGCAAGCUGUUUACUACUUCCAUCCCCAGUAUCUCAUCAACGUCUCGCGCUACUGGCUUGGUCUAGGGGUGCGGGCCAAGCGGAUCAGCACCGGCCUCAUCCUGGUGACUGCUGCUCUGGAGCUCUGCGAAGAGGUCCACCUUUUCGGCUUUUGGGCCUUCCCUAUGAACCCCUCAGGGAUUUUUAUAACUCACCACUACUAUGACAAUGUCAAACCUCGCCCCGGUUUUCAUGCGAUGCCCUCAGAAAUCUUCAACUUACUCCACAUGCACAGCAAGGGGAUCCUGCGGGUUCAUACGGGGACCUGCAGUUGCUGUUGACGGGGACAGUUCUUCCUCCGACACAAAAGUGCAAAGGGAACUCAAUGCCUAUGUACGGUGUAAGAGGUUUUAUUACACCCUGAAAUUAUGCAAUAAUCCUUUGAUAUAAAUUUCCUGAAGGCAUUGCAUCCCGUAGGAUCUAGGAUACCAGCAUCUUUCCUGCUAGCAGAGUAGGGUCCGUAACAGUGUGGGUAAAGCCUAACUCCUCUGUCCCAGGAUAUGCACUGCCCUGGAAAGCAAGUCAGAUGAGAAGCACAUUUCCAAUAGGUUUAGCGUGAUACAGAGCACAUUAAUAUAUCUAUCCAUUCACUUUGAGGAAAAGCACCAAAUUUUGGGGAAGAAUCAGUGGUGGAGAUUUUUA